UUUUGUGACUAUAGGGAGGAGGAGGGGACGUGUUGCAGGUCACAUUGAGGAAGGGGGCAGCCAUGAUCGCCCGAGUGCUCGGACCCCGCUAUCAGCAGCUGGCCAAGAACUGGGCCCCCACUCUCCUCACAUGGGGGUCAGUCGGAGGCGUUGGAUUGAUUUGGGCCACAGACUGGAGGCUCUUCCUGGAUUAUGUUCCCUACGUUAACGGCAAAUUCAAGAAGGACGACGAAUAAUUCACCGGAUUUUACUUUACCUUGAAGACUUUUUUGUGAAUGUCAUUUGCUCUCCCGGUGUUCUGUGACCCGCUGCCGAUAUCUUCAGUGAAAACAUGUCUUGUACAGUCAAAUAAACUUGGUUUUUCCUUU